CCUUUCGUCGCUUUCAAUGAUAAUAGAAACUCUGUACUACCUUUUCGAUCGAUCACGAUCAUUUGCAUUGUUCUGUGUACUUAUUUGUGACUAAGCCAAAGUUUCUUUAUCCCUGAUGUUCUUUCCCAUCCGUAUCCGACGAUGCCGACGAGGUGGAUACCGCACUAGAAAAAGACUGAGAUGGAGCAGGCCUCCUACGAGAGCAACCUGUCUUCCUACACCUGCAUUGAAUGCACGCAGUUUUUGGGUUUGUUCUCGUAGAUGGCGCAACGAAACAACGAAGCUGAUUGCAAUCGCAAUUCUCAUACUAAACCAACAGAAAGUCAGUCAUCAAGAACGUAUGCCAGAAAAAAAUGGUAACUCGUAAAACUGAUGGUUACUCGCUGGAGAUUUUGCCUUGGGUAUUUCCUGGCAAGGCUAUCAAAUAGCUCUCUUUCUGGGACAGAGCCAUAGCUUUCAUUUCAAGCGCCUUCAACUUUUUCU